AGCCGAAGCUUAUUUAGGUAUAUAUUGAUUUUUUUUUCUUAUAAUAUAUAGUUUACGUUGUUUUCUUUCCAGGAAAAAAAAUUACUGAUGCUGUUAUUACUGUACCAGCCUACUUCAAUGAUUCUCAACGUCAAGCUACUAAAGAUGCUGGAGUUAUUGCUGGUCUUAACGUUCUUCGUAUUAUUAAUGAACCUACAGCUGCUGCCAUCGCCUAUGGUUUGGAUAAAAAAGUCACUGGAGAACGAAACAUCUUGAUUUUUGACUUGGGAGGUGGCACAUUUGAUGUUAGUGUUUUAAAAAUCGAAGAAGGAAUAUUCGAAGUAAAAUCAACAGCUGGAGACACACAUUUAGGAGGAGAAGAUUUCGACAACCGAAUGGUUUCACAUUUCGUCCAAGAAUUUAAACGAAAAAACAAUAAAGAUUUAUCACAAAAUAAACGUGGUCUCCGUCGUUUAAGAACAGCAUGUGAACGUGCGAAGAGAACAUUGUCCUCUUCAUCUCAAGCAUCAAUCGAAAUUGAUUCAUUACAUGAAGGCAUUGACUUUUAUUCCACCAUUACACGUGCUCGAUUUGAAGAAUUAAACGCUGAUUUAUUUCGUUCGACCUUGGAACCAGUUGAAAAAGCUUUACGUGAUGCUAAAAUGGAUAAAUCUCAUAUCCAUGAAAUCGUAUUGGUUGGUGGUUCAACACGUAUUCCAAAAGUACAAAAAUUAUUACAAGACUUCUUUAAUGGUAAAGAAUUGAAUAAAUCAAUCAAUCCGGAUGAAGCCGUUGCUUACGGUGCUGCUGUUCAAGCUGCCAUUUUGACUGGAGACAAAUCCGAGGAAGUCAAAGAUGUUUUGUUAUUGGAUGUUGCGCCGUUAUCAUUGGGUAUUGAAACAGCCGGUGGUGUUAUGACUCCACUAAUUAAACGAAAUACAACAAUUCCGACAAAACAAACACAGACAUUUACGACUUAUUCAGAUAAUCAACCAGGUGUAGAUAUUAAAGUAUUUGAAGGUGAACGAUCCAUGACAAAAGACAAUCAUUUACUCGGAAACUUUGAAUUAUCCGGUAUUCCACCUGCACCACGUGGUGUCCCACAAAUCGAAGUUACAUUUGAUAUUGAUGCCAAUGGUAUAUUAAACGUAUCGGCAGUGGAUAAAUCGACUGGUCGUGAAAAUAAAAUUACCAUUACAAAUGAUAAAGGUCGUUUAUCGAAAGAUGAAAUUGAACGUAUGGUGUCUGAUGCUGAAAAAUACAAGAAAGAAGAUGAAACACAACGUGACCGUAUCACAGCUAAAAAUAGUUUGGAAUCGUAUUGUUUCAAUAUGAAAACAACAAUGAACGAUGAUAAAUUGGCAGGAAAAAUUAGUGCCGAUGAUAAAACAAAAGUAACAACGACCAUUGACGAAGCAUUGAAAUGGUUAGAAGCAAAUCAAUUAGCUGAAAAGGAAGAGUUUGAACAUAAAUUAAAAGAAGUGGAAAAAACCUGUUCGCCCAUUAUGACAAAAUUAUACCAGGGUGAAGGCGGAGCAGCUGGAGGACCAGGAGGUAUGCCAGGCGGAUUUCCUGGAGCUGGCGGAGCUGCCGGUGGUCAUGGUGGACGUGGAGGCAAAGGUGGAGCAAGUGGCCCAACAAUCGAAGAAGUUGAUUAA